AUGGCCAAAAAAAGACCCAACUUCCUCAUCAUACUCGCCGAUGAUCUCGGCUUCAGCGAUGUUGGAUGCUACGGAGGAGAGAUCAAGACGCCCAACAUCGACAAGCUCGCAAGAGAUGGAUGUCGAUUCACAGACUUCCACGCAACUGCAUUAUGUUCACCUUCUCGAUCUAUGAUCAUGACCGGUACCGACAAUCACAUAGCAGGCCUAGGAUGUCUCGUCGAAUGGCUUGCAACCCCCACGGGAGCCAAUCCAAAAGGCGUCAAGGAGUCCCAAGCACCAGCCAGAGGGAAGCUUGGAUACGAAGGCUACCUGAAUGAGAGAGUCGUGACACUUCCGGAAGUUCUCCACGAUGCUGGAUAUCUUACUUUGAUGUCUGGCAAAUGGCAUCUCGGCCUGCGAAAAGACAAGUCGCCAUGUGCUCGUGGCUUCGAAAAGUCUUUCGCUUUACUGACCGGAGCCUCAAAUCACUUCGGCUGGGAGCCACAGCUUGAAGACGAUGCUCCCGAUGCUCCGAAGAUGUUCAGCUCGAAUGACCCGCUUCACAUGGAAGAUGGCGAGUAUGUCCACAAACUUCCAGAAGACUGGUACUCUUCAAACAGCUACGGCGAUAUCCUUUUGCAGUAUCUCAAAGACUGGCAGGCAGGCAAGACGACUUCGGAUGAUCAAGACCGCCCAUUCUUCGCCUACUAUCCAUUCACUGCGCCACACUGGCCAUUGCAAGUGCCGCAAGAAUAUGUCAAGCGGUAUCGUGGGAUGUACGACGACGGGCCGGACGCUCUCCGACUACGCCGGCUCGCAAAAUUGAAAGAACUCGGUCUCGUCGGACAAGACGUUGAACCGCACCCAGUAGUGGCAGAUGAAGUACCUGCCUGGGCCGAGUUGUCGCCAGAGCACAAAGCGAAGUCAAGCCGGGCGAUGGAGGUCUAUGCCGGGAUGGUCGAGUGCAUAGACCACAACGUAGGAAAAAUUAUCGACUACCUCGAGGAAGUUGGUGAGCUCGACAACACUCUUAUCAUGUUCAUGUCAGACAACGGCGCCGAAGGAGGAGCCCAUGAAGCCAACCCAGCAUUUCACGGAGGUCCCAUGGCUCAUCUGCAGAGGUACUACAACAACUCGCUGGACAAUCUUGGUAACCAUGACUCCUUCUGCUGGUACGGUCCGCGCUGGGCGCAAGCUUCGACGGCGCCUUCGAGGAUGUACAAGUCCUAUACCACGGAAGGUGGAAUCCGAGUUCCAUGCGUAGCAAAAUUCCCAGCUGGCUACGAAUGUCCCGUACCAAAAAACGGUAUCACUCACAAAUUCUCAACAAUCAUGGACAUCAUGCCCACCCUCCUCGACAUGGCCGGCGCCCAACACCCAGCACCAAGCUACAAAGGCCGCGAAAUCGUGGGCAUGAGAGGACGAAGCAUGGUACCCUGGCUUACCGGCCAAUCCGCCUCCAUUCAUACAGCCGACGCAGUCGAAGGUUGGGAGAUGAGCGGCCGUGCGGCCGUCCGGAAGGGAAACUGGAAAGCCGUUUACCUCCCAGCGCGCAAGUACGGUCCUUCAAGAGCUGGGAACGACAAAUGGGAAUUGUUCGAUUUGGAGGAAGAUCCUGGAGAGAUAUACGAUUUAUCUGAGCAGCAUCCCGAUGUCAUGAAGGAGCUGCUGAAGCUGUGGGAUCAGUAUGUUAUGGAGACGGGAGUGGUACCGCUGAAUCCGGCGUUGGGGGAGUACAUUGCGGCGACGGAGGAACAGAUGCCGGAUGAUGGAUGGAUGGAGUAUGAGUUUUGGAAGAAACGCGAAGGGGCAAGGGAGGAGCCGGAGAAGUUUUUCAGGACACCGAAACGGUUUGAUCGACAAGGAAAUAGAGUUGAAUAUAAAGAUGGGGAUUUUAGGAGGUUAUAG